ACUGUCAGCAAGUGUCAAAGUCAAUGUCAAAUAAUGUCAAUGUCGUAUUUUUUAUAUGGUCUAAGAAAAAUAUUUGGAUCAUAAUAAAAGUUAUCGACAAAGUCGUACUUAUAUAGGUUUUUGAUUUUGCAACAAUUCAGGAAACAACGUAGGAUCUACGUUAUGGUAUUUUAAAUUAUUGUUUAGAAUAUAGUGAUAAAUCGCCACCAUGAACAAUAUAAUAUCGUGGACCGCUGAAGAUGAGGCCAUCAUUGCGACUAACACGGAUGCUACAGAGUGCAAGCGAUGCGCCGUUGAAUUAGGCUACUGGAAAGAUGAUUACAUUGUGUAUUUUGCGAAACAUGUAGACAGAAAAGCUCCCGAAAUUAAUCGCGGCUACUACGCCAGAGUUAAAGCCAUGGAAAUGUUUAUUCAUCAGUUUUUGGAGCGGUGUGGCACAAAGUGUCAGAUCAUCAACCUGGGCUGCGGCUUUGACACUCUCUACUGGAAGUUGAAAGACUCAACGCAAGCAGUUGGCAAUUUUAUUGAAUUAGAUUUCCCUUCUGUAGUUGCUAAGAAAUCCCACAUAAUCAAACGAAAUAAGCAGCUAUUAGAGAAGAUAUCUAAUGAAGAUGGCGAGGUCAUGAUCAGAUCGGGCGACUUGCACUCGGAUGGCUACCACCUGCUGAGCUGCGACCUGCGCUGCCUGAGCGAGGUGGUGCGCAAGCUGGAGGCGGGCGGUGCUGGGGGUGCUGGGGGUGCGGGUGGAGCGGCGCCCACGCUGCUGCUGGCGGAGUGCGUGCUGGUGUACCUGCGGCCGGAGGCGGCGCGCGCGCUGCUGGAGCACCUGGCCGGCGCGUUCCCCCGCUGCGUGCUGCUGGUGUACGAGCAGUGCAACCUGGGCGACAAGUUCGGCGAGGUGAUGAUGCGCAACCUGAGCGCGCGCGGCUGCGCCCUGCCCGGCGAGCCGCACUGCCGGGAGCCGGGGGCGCAGGCGGCGCGGCUGCUGGCCGCCGGGUUCGAGACGGCGCGCGCCUGGGACAUGGACACGGUGUGGCGCGCGCUGCCGGAGGAGGACCGCGCGCGCGUCGAGGCGCUGGAGAUGCUGGACGAGCGCGAGCUGCUGCAGCAACUCAACCUGCACUACGCGCUCAGCGUCGCCACGCGCGGAGACCUCUUCGCCGACCUCGACCUCAACGCGUAGACCUCAAUCCCGCAAUCAUCUCGUCCAGAAGUUGAUCCGUCGCUACGAGAGCGCACAAUGCGUCGGUCCGCCCCUUCCUUCCCGUCUCUCAUCAAGUUAUCUAUCACUUAAGCCGUAAAUUUAGUUCGUAGCAGCAAAUGAAGAGCCGAUCAGUGAAUAGUUGUCGACGAUCUCUGGCAUCGUCUGACGAGCACCUGGCACGUCCACGUCUCUCGAAAUAAAGUUUUUCUCGUGCACUUGAAUGUCGAGGAACUUUUUCAACUUUAAGUUUGUGCAAAAUUGUAAUAAUCGGUGCAUUUGUCGAGUGCAGAAGUGAUAGAGUGGUUGUUUUAUUCGGUGACUGAAUGUGGUGCGUGUUCUUGUUGAAUGUUAUUUAUCAGCCCCGAGCGCGUGUUUAGAUCUUCUCGAUGUGUAUACUAGCCGUUUUUCAUUACUACUUAAGUGUUACAUAAUUAUUUUAUUUAUGAUAUAAAUGCUGUACUACUGCU